AUGCAACAACAUCCACAACAACAACAACAUUUACAGACGACUAUGUAUCAUCAACAACUUCAUUCUUUGGCGUCAUCCAACGCAAGUCUGACGGCAUCUCUGGAUAAUAUCAGUGAGGCCGACGAGGAUGCAAUGGACAUCAGCACGACCAGCCAGAUCAAUAUACCUUCGGACAAUGUCAACAGCAUUGGCAACUUUGUCAAGAAUGACGGUGGCAAGAGUGACGCAAUGAUCUCUUCCAUGGACACACUACAGAUCCAACCAAUGCACAAGUCACAGUGA